UUACUUCAUAGGUAAUUAGUUUAAUUAAGUUAGUUGUUUCUUUUCGAUUCUUUUCUCUUUUGGGAGAGGUUGGUGAAUGGAAGUGUACGGAGUACUCCGUGAGUAAGUUAAGUAGAUGGGGGUUAUUCUUUUUGGGGGCGUAUGUUAUAUUUUAUUUUAUUUUAUUGGAUUUUUCUUUUUUUUUUCUUUUCUGUUUUUGUGUUAUUGGGAAUUUGGGGGGGAGUCUUGGAUGGAAAUACUUUGGCACUAAGAUGUAUAGCUAGUAGUUGCUGCAUUGCAGUGUAUACUGACUGGAUGAAACUUGUUGAACUACUAACUAUUUGAUGAAGGAAGAUGUAAGGUGAUUAGUUAGUUGGGUAAGUAG